AUGACCAUGGACGACACUAUCGAUGAAAUUCCACACAACAUGAUGGGUAUCAAGUCUGAGUCGCUUUAUAUGACGCUGGAGAGUAUAACGCGAGAACACGAUGUUUCGAUCUUGAAUGCUAAUGUUCCGUCGCAAUUGUUACCUGAGUUGAUUGAGCAUCUGAGUGAUACGAUACCGAAUGAUAUAUUUAUUCAACGGAGUGAAGUGGAGUUGAAUAGUUUGAAAAGGUUGGGGGAUGUUUUGAGGGAUAAGUUUUUGGAGACUGGUAAUUAUCCAUUUACGAUGCAGAGGAUUUGUGAGUUGUGUUUUGAUCCGUUCAAGUAUUUUAAAGUUAAUGAAUUGGGGAAAUUUAUUAAUGCAUUGGAGAAGUGUUGUUGUGUGGACUCGUAUUGGGUUUUAGAUAAGGAGAAGGGUGAGUCUCAUUCGGAUGUGGAAAUGAUGGAUGUUGGUGGUGCGAAUAACGAUAAUGAUGACGAUGAUGUUUCGUUGAGUAGGAUACCGUGGAUAGAUAAGAAGACGGAGAUGGGUCUUCCCACUUUUAUUAAGGAGAUUGAUACUAUAAUGAAUGCGAAUAUGGGGUAUGAUGAUGAUGAUGAUGAUGAUGAUGAUGACGAGGAUGAAGAUGGUGUUGGAGUCAUGGAGAAUAAUCAAGAUGGUAUAAGUAUACGAAAUGAUAAGGAUUUUAUUAUCGAGGAGUAUUAUGAGGAUGAUGGUGAUAUGGAUGACGACGACGACGACGAUGAUGAUGAAGAUGAUGAUGAUUAUGUGGAGGAUCGACCAAAUGGUGAUGGUACAGAUCCGAUUGAUGAUGAAGAGGAGGAGGUGGCGAAGGAGGAGGAUGGUUUAGACAAGACACCUUUGAAGAGGAAGCCCACUGAAUUGGAUAAUUAUCAGUAUGAUGAGUCACCCAACGAGCAUGAUCUGUUAACGCCCAAGAAAUAUAAGCAGGAUUCUCAAGUGACAGAAGUUUUAAAUUCUCCAUCGAUGUUUGGAGAGGCAAAUUUGAGUACAUCUGUUUCCGAUGUGAGCAAGGAGAGUGGGAAUGAGAAUGGUAUUUCUGUUCUCGUUUCACCAAACCCUUUUGAAACUAGCAAAACUGGCGAAGAACAACAACAACAACAACACCCACAACAAAAAGAAGAACAGGAAAAGAUACGAGCCACUACUGAUGAAAUUUUGCAAAAUAAUAACGAUAGUCCGUUGAGUAACAAGACUAGGUAG